AUGGAGGGCUUUGGAAUAUGCGGUUUCUCCAGAGUGUCACUGAAGUCUUACCAUUGUGGCAUCUAAGUGCCAGAUUGUACCACAAACCCUCAGGAGCCAUGCUGCUGUUGCUGACCUUGGCUCUCCUGGCCAGUCCCACCUGCAGAGCCCAGAAUAUCCUGGGGAAUCGUGUUGGCAAGUAUUUCUACGUUCAAGGUGAAGAUCAGGGGCAACUCAAGGGCAUGCGGAUCUUCUUAAGUGUUUUAAAGUUCAUCAAGGGCUUCCAGCUGCAGUUUGGCAAUAACUGGACUGAUGUCUAUGGAUCCCGGUCAGAGAACUUUAUAGACUUCCUUCUGGAGGAUGGAGAGCACGUGAUAAAGGUAGAGGGCAGCUGCUAA